AAGAUUGUACCAGUUGUGUACAAAGAUAUAAUUAUUAUUAUUUAUUUUAUGGAUCAUUAAAUGAACUAAAAAAGAUUUCAGAAGCAUUAGACAAGGAAGAAAAUGAGGAUAGGAAAGCAGAAAUAAUCCAUAAAUUAGGUGAUGAAUUAAACAAAUUAGAUGUUGAAAUAAAUAAAACAGUAUUAUGUUAUGGGUGUUUAAAGAAGAAUAUAUUUGAUCCAUUAUAUGAAUUACUCACCAAACUAAAUGAAUCAAAUGCAUCCAUUAAUUCAAACAAAUUACUUGACACAUUAAAAACAAUAGAAAAUUGUACUGGUUGUAAAGAAUAUGCACAAAAAAAUUAUUUUGAAUUAUUUUAUGAAUCAUUAAACAAACUAAAAAAGAAAUUAGAAGAAUUAGACAAGGAAGAAAAUGAAUAUGGGGAAGCAGAAAUGAUCCAUAAAUUAAGUGAUGAAUUAAAUGAACUAGAUGUUGAAAUAAAUAGAAUAGCAUUAUGUUAUGGGUGUCAAGAGAAAAAUAUAUUCAACCCAUUAUGUAAAUUACUCACCAAACUAAAUGAAUCAAAUGAACAAAUUAAUUCAAACAAAUUACUUGACUCAUUAAAAAUAAUAGAAGAUUGUACCAGUUGUAAAGAAUAUGUACAAAAAAAACAUUCUAAUUUAUUUUAUAAAUCAUUAAACAAAUUAAAAAAGAUUUCAGAAGAAUUAGGCAAGGAAGAAGAUAGGAAAGCAGAAAUAAUCCAUAAAUUAGCAGAAGUUAAGCGACAAAAAAUUAUUAAUUCAGAAAAAUACUUGUUAGAUACAAAAAAUUAUAAACACCACCCAGAAUCAUUCUAUACAAGUCGUCCACUAGAUGAAUCAAUUCAGAAAGCUGAACUGUUAAAUUGUUCAUCAACUAGAUCACAUCAGGAUA